ACCACCGCCAAAGCACACCCUCAACCAGCCUCGUUACUUACACUCAGACUACACACUCCCAUUCAUGGCCCCUAAAUCACCCGCACAGUCGCUGCUUGAGAAGGCGGACAAGAAGGCAAACGCGUCGACAGGAUGGUUCGGCUCUUCGUCCACCAAAUUUGAGGAGGCUGGCGAUCUCUACCAACAGGCCGCCAACUCGUUUAAGAUCGACAAGAUGUUUAAAGAGGCGGGCGACUGCUUUGCCCGGGAGGCGGAGUGCAGGGAGAAGUGCAAGGAGGCAAACGAUGCUGCUAAUGCCUGGUGGAACUCGGCCAAGGCGUACAAGAGGGGUUACCCAGAGCUCGCUAUCCAGGCAUUGUCCCAAACUAUCGUCCACUUCACCCAAGGCGGUCGCUUCCGGCAAGCAGCAGAUAGGGAGAAGGAGAUCGGCCAGAUUUAUCUCCAGGAGCAGAACGACCUCCGACGAGCUUGCGAGAGUUUCGAACGGGCAGGUGAUUGGUAUGCCCAGGAGGAUGCGAUUGCUACCGCAAACGCCUGUUUCAAGGAUGCUGCUGAUCUUCAUGCCGACCUUGAGGAGUACCCUGCCGCUAUCGCUCGCUACGAGCAAGUUGCCGACCAUUCGCUUGGCUCUGCUCUGACCAAGUACAGCGUGAAGGAGUAUUGGCUCAGAGCCCUCCUUUGCUGCCUUGCGAUUCCGGAUGUCGUAACUGCGAGACGCUACAUGACGAAGUACAGCGGAAUGGAUACCACCUUCUCAUCUACGCGCGAGGCCAAGUUCAUUGGCGCCUUGAUCGACGCACUAGACGCCGGAGACCAGGAGGCCUUCACCGCCGCGGUCUUCGAGUUCGACCAGGUCGUGAAGCUAGACAACUGGAAGACAGCGAUUUUGUUGAAGAUCAAGAGGGGUAUCCAGGACGAGCCAGGGCUCACUUAGAAUUGUACGGAUGGUUGGAUGAUGCAGUGUUGUACGCUUACAUGGAGCGAGGAUGUUCGAGUUUGUCUUUACACGAAUCUAUGAGGACUUUAUUAUAUGGAAAUAGUACGGAUUCCCGCUACUUUAGUAGUGGGUCUUAC